CAGCGCAAAAGUGGUUUAAAAAUCAAUCACUAACAUUAUGAUUUUAAUCUGGUUUGGGAAUUUUUUUUACAUCAAGCUGUUUGUAUAAAAUGUGGACUUUGUUCUGUCAUCGUAUACCGGACUAAAGAAUACUUUGAAAUCGUUGCGAUUAUUACGAUAACACUAUUUUACUGUUAUAGUGAUAUCUCUUAUACAAUUUUAUUGCAAUUGCUAUUUCUAGUUUUAGUUCUAAAUCUGUUGGAGUUUUUUUUUAUUUUGUAUUUUUUUUAAUAAUGAACACCAGAUCAAGGGACAAAAUUUACUUAAUUAAUUAUAAUGAAAAUCAAAUUGUCGGAUCAAAGUUGCCAUCAAAUAUUGAAGUAUUGAGGGUAAUUUUUUACAAUAUGAGGAAAGUAAAAUUAAACUUGCGAACCAGUGCUCAUUUGGUUAUUAAAGAAGUUGAAGUAUUCUGGGAAAAAGCAAGAAUACCAGUCAGAAAAUUUCAAAGGUGCAUCGACAAAUUGGAGUCACUGUAUUUAGAAUGGAGAAAUUUAAACAAAAGCUCUAAAAGGACAUCAUUGAUCCACGAAAAUAAGGAAAAGGAUUUCAUUGGAAAAUUUAACGAAUUGUUCGAUAUUUCACAUGCAAAUGCCAUGGAAAUUAUGACUAUUGAAGAAGAUAAAUUAUUUUUGAUGUGUCAACGAGAUAAGGAAACAAAAGUUUGCAUGGCUAGUUCAGAUUAUAACUUAUACUUACAGGAAAAACAUGAACUAACACAAAAAAGCUUGAAAGAACAAAAAGAUUUGAAACUUCAAAAAUCUCAAUUUAUGUUCAUUAUUUUAGACUGUAGUACAAGUAGUAUAAGUAGUAAAUAAGAAGCCAUCAUGUCUUGUGAUGUUUCCGAGUCUAAUUUCAUUGAUGAAAAUGAACCUGGACCAUCCUGUUCAAAAAAAA